CAGUAUCUCCCGGGCAAAUAUUUGCCUUGUUCCCAAACUAGUUGAAAACCAGUCGUUCCAGACGUUACAGUGUGCCCCGCUUUGGAUGAAUCAAAAAAGAAAAAACAAAGAAAAUGUCCUGUAAUUACAGACUACUGGUGAAGAAUGCCCAACAGGUGGUUCUGAUCUGCAACAAUGGAGAGAAGUACAUGACCAAACAUGGGAUGCAACAUCUUUGUGUGAUUGAGAAUGGGAGUGUGGUGAUAGGGAGCGAUGGGCUGAUCAAAGCUGUGGGACCUGCUGAAAUCAUCAGAGAACAGUAUUCAGAGGCGUCCUUCGAUAAAGUGAUUGAUGCCACAGGGAUGUGCGUCCUCCCUGGGUUGGUUGACGCACACACCCAUCCUGUCUGGGCUGGUGACCGGGUGCAUGAAUUUGCAAUGAAGUUGGCAGGUGCCACUUACAUGGACGUGCACCGGGCCGGUGGAGGGAUCCACUUCACGGUGGAGCACACUCGAGCUGCCGGGUCCUCAGAGCUGCUGGCCUCCCUCAGCAGCAGGUUGAUCCGGAUGCAGCGAGCAGGUACGACCCUGGUGGAGUGUAAGAGCGGAUACGGCCUGGAGCUGCAGACCGAGCUCAAGAUGCUGGAGGUGAUCGAGGAGGCCAGACGGACCCUGCCCAUCAACAUCUCCUCGACCUACUGUGGAGCCCACGCAGUGCCCAAAGGGAAGACAGUUGCAGAAGCCACAAAGGACAUCCUGCAGGUUCAGCUGCCUCGGCUGAAAGAACAGAUGUCUGCCGGGAGCCUCAGAGUCGACAACAUCGACGUCUUCUGUGAGCAGGGAGUGUUUGACCUCGGCUCUACUCGCUCCAUCCUGCAGGCUGGGAAAGACAUGGGCCUCAACAUCAACUUCCAUGGAGAUGAGCUCCAUCCCAUGAACUCUGCUCAGUUGGGCGCAGAGCUCGGAGCUUUAGCCAUCAGUCACCUGGAGGAGGUCACGGAUGAGGGGAUCGCUGCCAUGGCAACGGCAAGAACCGCUGCCGUCCUUCUGCCAACUACAGCUUACAUCCUACGGCUGCCCCAGCCUCGCGCCAGAGACAUGUUGGAAGCCGGAGUGAUUGUCGCCCUCGGCAGCGACUUCAACCCCAACGCCUACUGCUGCUCCAUGCCAAUCGUCAUGCACCUGGCCUGCGUCAACAUGAGGAUGUCCAUGCCCGAAGCUUUGGCUGCGGCCACCAUCAACGCGGCCUACGCUCUCGGGCGCUCCCACACACAUGGAUCCCUGGAGGUCAACAAACACGGAGACCUGCUGGUCCUCAACACCACACGGUGGGAGCAUCUGAUCUACCAGCUCGGAGGACAUCAGGAGCUAAUCCGCUACGUGGUCAUUAAAGGCAACGUCGUCUACGAUAACGAGAAAACCGUGGACUUAUAACCAGAAAAUAGCUUCAUAUUUCAAUUCAGAUUAAUGGGGAUACUAUUAAAAAUAGUUUAACACAUUUGGGAACAUUUUAGGAAGCCAAAAUUGUAUUUCCCAAAUAGUCAAACUGUUUCUUUGUGUUAAUUUGAACUUGAAAAAUUAGCUGCUCACUUGGUGACAGUAGUAACUUCUCGAGAAACCAUCGUUUUUAGCUAAAUGUGAUGUUGUGUUGAUUAAAAUCUGCCUCUUUGUGUUUAA